CCCCCCCCCCAAAAAAAAAAAGUUAUACAACAGAUCUCGGGAUUCUAGUUUCUCGCCAGGUAGACUACUUAGGGAUCGAGCUGUUGCUCCUCAAAUCUCUAUGUAAAGAAAAUGAUAUGUUAUGCUUUUCUAGUUAAUUCUUUCUAAUCUCCCAUUUAUAAACCCUUUCCCCGCUUCAUGAUUUGAAGUAGAACGUUUGAGUAAUUCAGAUCGUAAGCAAACACUCUUUUCUUUGUUUUCUGCUUUUUACAUCAACCCAUAUUAUUUUUAUAGGGUUUUUGUUAUCCAAAAGUAUAUUGAUCAAAUCUAAUUUUCUUCUUUUUGUUAUUGUUUGCAUCUGACGGUUAUAAUAUGGUUGAACUCUUGUUUCUUCUAUCCUUUUUGGUGGAACUACAAAGUAAUUGCUUUCAGAUAAAUCUUGAGAACGAACUAAUGAAAAAUGGAGUGAGUUUUAUUUCAUUACUUUUUAAGAAACCAGUUUCAUGGUUGUCUUUUAUCGCCCCACCACUUCUUCACAUCGUAGGGCUUGAUUUCUCGCAAAUCAUCCUAACCUCAGCUGCUGUGUUCUUCUCCUCUUUUUUCUUCUCCUCUUUCUUAUUCCCUCUCACAAUCCAAAAACCAAACCCUAUGAUAGACUCCAAGGUUCAAGCUGAGGAUCUUGGUCAACAAGACACUUUAGGAAACAUCGAAAUAUCUAGGAGCACUGAUGAUAUUGUCAGAAAUAAAGAUGAAGAAGAGGGAACAAUUCCUGAUGAGGAAAGCCUUAUAGAACUCUCCUUACCAAGCGGUCACUACGUUGGUCAGCAAUUCAGUACUAUCACUGGACAUCAAGAUUUCGGGCAUAUCCAACUAUUAGCCGAGUCUGAAGAUGAUAAUCUGAUCGAAAUCGAUAUUUCAAUCGGAUCCAUCGGAUUUUCCAGGUUUCAGUUCAAAGCCUGAUACAUGUUCAUAUUUUCUACAGCUACGAAGGGAAUAAACGAUUGGAUGUAAAGUAAUUAUUCCGCUAUUUUUGCACGUCACAAGUUUUCUGUGUGUUUUUAAUAAACUAUGUAGUUGUAAUUUUUUAAACAAAAAAAAAAAAAAAAAUGUAGUUGUAAUUUAUACAUCUUUUUUUCUCCAGUCUUGUGGGGGUUUUGCUAUUGUUCUAGAUUCUAAUACCAUGUGCAAGUUUAUAAAUAGUUUAAAU